GGAAACAUGUUUUCCGUUUUUAGUAGAAAAACACGUUUUCCCGUUUUUGGCAGCGAAACGCGGUUUCCGUUUUUUGCGGGAAAAUGCAUUUUUGCGUUUUUGGUGGGAAAAUGUGUUUUACGGCCUGGUAGAGAAAUGUGUUUUAAAUGGAAAAUUCGUUUUUGUUGUUUUGGCAGAAAAUACGUUUUUACGAUUUUAGCGGAAAAUACGUUUUUACGAUUUUGGCGGAAAAAUGAGUUCUGGCUUUGGCAGAAGAAUACGUUUUGUAUUUUUUGUGGGAAAAUACGAUUUUGUCAUUUUUUCGCUAUUAGGUUUAAGAUCGUAAUUUUUUAAUUUUAUUAAUUUUUGGUAGAACCAUCUCAAUUUGGAUGAGCAAAUUGAUUUUAAAAACUUGUAUUUUUAAUGUCUAAACGACUAAAACUAUUACUGGAUGGAGAAACGAAGAGUUCCAAAUAUUAAACUAUGAGAUAAAAAUGAGAUUUCACUUAAACUCGAGUUCGUUUAAAGUUAAAAAAGAAACGGGGUCAAAGUCUUACUUUUCCGACGCGGUAAGACACAAAAAAAAACAAAGAAGACGACAAGACGAUGAUGACGGAAAUAAGAAAAGGGCAUAGGACCGUCGUACAUAGGGAGAAAACUUGAGGGUAAUCUUGUAAACAUACGCAAGAGAAAAUCGUACGGUACGGUACCGUGUUAGCUUUGGUGGUCGUCCGCUGAUCCGUUAAAAACUGUGUGCUCGUUUUUCUCUGGCGGGUCAUCAAAUAAUUAUAUUUUGUCUAAUCAUCUUUGUUUAUUUUUUUUCCUACAAACAUUUAUUUGAUUAAUUGCAUAUACCAAAUCUUUUUAUUAUUAUUUUUAUUAUUAUUUUUUAAAGAAAAAUUCGAUUUAUUUGAUAAAUUUACAUAUUUUAUAGAAAAAGAAGAUGCGUCAAAACAGAGAAAAUGGCAAGAAUCUCAACCGUUGGUUGUGAGGUAAACUCAUCUCGUUUCGACCUUUCCUUUCUUAACGUUUUAUGUAAUAAAAAAUAUAUAUUGUGUCGAUUUGUGGGUUCCUAUUCCUGGUUAAGUUUCGUUUGCUCUCUAGCAAUCCAAGAAACUUAGCUUCUCUUAUGGAACAUCUCAGUGAAUCUCAGAUCAACGAGGAUGUGUCUUUAAAGAAUAAUCCUCCAGACAAAGAAGAUACGGACAAAGACACUAACAUGGAACAACCACCUACUAGUCCACGUCAUCGAAAGGUUAUUGCUAGAUGGUUACCUAAUGAAGCGCAGAGACCAAUCGUUGAUGACGCUCCUGUUUUCUCACCAUCAUUAGAGGAGUUUGAAGAUACACUUGCUUACAUAGAAAAGAUACGUCCAUUAGCAGAGCCGUAUGGUAUCUGUCGAAUCAUCCCACCAUCCACAUGGAAACCUCCUUGCCGGCUCAAGGAGAAGAGCAUAUGGGAGCAUACAAAGUUUCCCACACGGAUUCAGACCGUGGACCUGCUUCAGAACCGGGAGCCUAUGAUGAAGAAGAAGAAGCCCAAGAGCAGGAAACGCAAACGGAGAAGAAACUCCAGAAUGGGUUCCUCUAAGAGACGAUCUGGCUCUGGUUCUGGCUCUUCUCCCGAGGCAGAGGAGAAAUUCGGGUUUAACUCCGGUUCAGACUUCACUCUGGAAGAGUUUGAGAGAUACGCUCUGUAUUUUAAAGAGGCAUACUUCGAGAAGAAGGAUUCUCCGUCUGUGGAGGAGAUAGAAGGCGAAUACUGGCGGAUAGUGGAGCAGCCAACAGAUGAAGUGGAGGUAUACUAUGGAGCUGACUUGGAGAACAGGGUGCUUGGAAGCGGAUUUUACAAGAAAGCCGAUAGCGAUAAGGGUCAGUACGCAGUCUCUGGCUGGAACUUGAAUAACUUACCGCGUCUCCCUGGCUCUGUACUCUCUUUUGAGGACUGUGAUAUCUCUGGAGUUCUAGUCCCAUGGCUCUAUGUUGGAAUGUGCUUUUCUUCAUUUUGUUGGCAUGUGGAGGACCAUCAUCUAUACUCACUGAACUAUCAUCACUUUGGGGAGCCAAAAGUAUGGUAUGGUGUUCCGGGAAGCAAUGCAACAUCACUCGAGAAGGCGAUGAGGAAACAUCUGCCUGAUCUGUUUGAAGAACAGCCUGAUCUACUUCACAGCCUGGUUACUCAAUUUAAUCCUUCGAUCCUGAAAGAUGAAGGAGUCCAAGUUUACCGGGUGGUUCAGAACCCAGGGGAGUAUGUGCUGACGUUCCCUAGGGGUUACCAUGCUGGAUUCAACUGCGGUUUCAACUGUGCGGAAGCGGUUAAUGUAGCUCCGGUUGAUUGGUUGGCUCAUGGACAGAACGCUGUGGAGCUUUACAGUAAAGAGACGAGGAAGACUUCUCUGUCUCAUGACAAACUUCUCCUCGGAGCAGCUUAUGAGGCUGUAAAGGCUGUGGUGAAGGAAAAUACAUGGAAGAGUUUCUGUGGGAAGAACGGUGCCCUUACCAAGGCGAUUCAGGCUCGGUUACGGAUGGAAGAGGAAAGACUUGGAGAUCUUGGAAAGGAUUCUUCUUCGAGGUUGGUGAAGAUGGAGAAGGACUUUGAUUCAAACAGUGAAAGGGAAUGCUCCUCGUGCUUUUAUGAUUUGCAUCUCUCCGCUUCUGGCUGCAAGUGCUCUCCUGAAGAAUACGCGUGCCUUAGACACUCGGACGAUCUAUGUUCAUGUGAAGUGAAGGAUAGAUUCGUCCUUGUCCGUUACACCGUGGAUGAGUUACGGUCACUGGUCAGAGCACUGGAAGGGGAAAUGGACGAUUUAAAUAUAUGGGCUUCUAAGGUGUUAUUAGGUAUUGAACACAGUGAUAAAGAUCAGAAUAACACUGGUUCAGUUAUCAACGAGGAGAAGAAGCUAGAGGAAGGUUCGUUUGAUCUGAAUAUUGACUUAGAGUUGAAUUAUCAUGAAGACCUGAAAGAAGAGGUCAGCACCAGCGGCGAGUUAAACGCUUCAGAGAACUUUGAUGUAUCGGUCGAGCCUAUAAACCUUGGUUUCUUGAAUUAUGGAAAGCUUUGGUGCAAUAAGCAUGCUAUAUUUCCAAAAGGAUUCACGAGUCGUGUCAAGUUCUACAACGUGCUUGAUCCAACAAGGAUGAGCAAUUAUAUCUCCGAGGUUUUGGAUGCAGGACUCAUGGGUCCAUUGUUCAGGGUUACUCUGGAAGAAUCUCCAGACGAGCGCUUCUUCAAUGUCUCAGCCCAAAAAUGCUGGGAGAUGGUGUUGCAGAGAGUUAAAGAUACAUCCACAAAUCUUGGUUUUCCUACUUUAUCGCGGUUUGAAAGUAUUAACGGGCUUCAAAUGUUUGGUUUCCUCUCGCCGUCUAUAGUUCAAGCCAUUGAAGCUCUUGAUCCAAACCAUAAACUGGUCGAGUACUGGAACCACAAGAACCAAUCUCAAUCCGAGUCGAAAGAUCACUUCAUAUCAUCAAACUGUACCAAAGGAAAACUUUUCGGAGUAGAUUUGAUGUAGAAAGAUAAGAGAGAGUUACACAUUUACUCUUCUUAUUCUUUUUUUUCUUGAGCAUUUACUCGGAAUCUUUUGUUCGUUCUUCUUCAGUGAAGAAAUAACCUAACCUUAGUGUUACAAGUGUAAACUAGGAAUAAUAAAGUUCGAUUCUUUCGCUAUUGCGAUAUUAUAAUAACAAUACAAAAAUUCUUCAUAGAA